CAAAAGCUGCAGGAAGUCAAACAACAACAGACCCACGCUUGACAUGGAUGUAUAAUACGAAGAUGCUCACACCUGAAGACAUGGCUGAGAGGGGAGAAGACUUUAAUGAUGUCCUAGAUGACUGGUUCAUCGAGUCCCUGAAGACGUACAAAGAUCUCCAUGUGUAUCAGCUGGAACAUCCCACACAGGUCAUCGAGUGGACGUCAGGGAAGACUGUGUGUGUCGCGGGAUACAGUUCGUCUAAAAAUGAAAUUCUUGAGCUACAGCUGCCUCUGAAACUCUUCGCGGAUGAAAAUAAGGGUCUCUGUGCAGAACGGGAUUUUAAAGUAGUCCAUGGGGGGUUCACGGACGGUCCUGUUCGCUGCCUCAGACACGUCCCAGGAACAAGGUGUGUUGUUACCAACGAUGGGCUGACCUCCGACCUGCAGGUGUGGACCGUCGGAGGAGACGACAGCGACGUGAUCAGAAGAACAGGAAGUGUUGCGGGGAGGAAGAGGAGGAGGACUGAUUCAGAGGGAGGCAGCAGGAUCGCAGCACGAUGCUCGACACAAGUUCUUCAUGGAGCUCAGAGCGACGACAUCCAGCUGACACACCUGACCUCAGGACAGAUCCUCUACACACCAGAGAUUACCUCCUCCGAUCCUCUGAGCUCUCUGCAGUUUGUGAGCGACGACGUCUUCCUCGCCGGCUGCUGCAACGGGAACAUUUACCUCACCGACACUCGGACGUCCGCCUCCCCUCAGCUCUCACCUGCACCAGCGUCUCCAGGGGAGUCCGUCCUCUGGUGGACGGACGCCGCGGCAGGGGUGUCCAGCGGCAGCGUCGUCAGACUGUCCUCGUCUGGGCGUGCCGUGAUUUCAGACCUGAGGAACCUGGGAGCAGCGGUGAGCCAGGCUCAGCUGUCCGUCCAAUCUCGUCGCUGCAACCCGGAUGAUGUCACGGUGUCGUGGGCUCCGGCGCUGCCCGGCUGCAUCGCAGUGUCGGGCUUCAGUGGAGUGGUGCAGAUCUACAACACGUCGGUGUGGGGGGUGGAGCUGCAGGAAGUCCAGCCGCUGUUUGGGCAUCGCGGCCAUGCAGUUUCAUCGCUGCCUGAAGAGGGCGACGUGUUCAUCACGUCCCACGCGUGGCAUCCCGAGCGGCCGCGGACGCUGCUGUCUGCAGCCUCGGACGGCUCUGUACACGUGUGGGACUGGGUCGACCAAUCGGCUUCUGACAGGUAGAAAAUAAAGACAAAGUUCAAGAGGGAGGAGAAGGAUGUUCACCAGGCUGAAGAAACAUUUCUGAAACUACAAGAAACAAAGCGUGACCGUUUGGAGCAAAAUCAGUGACCUGCAGAAAAUCCUCAGGAAAUGGUAGGAAACACGAACAGCUUUGGAUUAGCGUGCUCUAAUUAAAUCAGAGUUUGAGUAUCCAAAGAUGAAUACAUUCAGCAGCAACAGGAAGGGUUUAAAGAGCAGGAGUAGUUUUUUCUUUUUUACCUCUAGUGGCAUCUUGCCAUGCUUCUAGUUUUAGAUGUAAUGUGUGAAGGGUUUUUCCAAACUCACUUUCAAAAAUAAUAGCGUUACCAAUUCAAACUUUGAUAAAAGCUUGCAUUUUGGUUAGGCUGAUUACAUUCCACUUUGUUAUGCACUGAACUUUGUAGAAAGGUUAUAUUUGCUAGAGAAAUUACCUCUAUUGACACUGAGUUCAGAGUUUCUACCAAAAAUCUCUAAAAUACAGAGCUUUCCGCUCUGCUUAUCAGGGCUGAGACCAUCUGCAGGGACAGACACGGGUAAAUGUUAGUGUGCUUUUAGUCAUUGGGGGACCCCUUUUUCAAAUCCUAAAACAUAGAAUAGAAAGCCUUUAUUGUCAUUAUACAGAAAUAUACAAUGAGAUUUUGUUGUGCAACAGCGCAAAUGAAAACAUACAAACAGUAAUAACACACAAACAUCCUGUCCCAACUCUGUGGUUUGAAAUGGAUUACCUUCUCCAUCAGGGAAGAAUGACGGACAGUUUUUACUUGUUUGUGCGUCGGAUGAAACGCUUAGACAAAGAUGAUUUGUCCCUCACAUGUUUUGGUUUACUGAAAUAAAACAUCCCAAACUUG